AACCCAAGCAUGCAAGCAUGCAAGCUGUGCCAGUGCGUGCCUUUUCCCUUCCCAGCAUAUUUUUAUCACAAAUGAGCCUCGUCUUGGCAUAACUGGGUUUUAUUUAUCAGGGUUCCCCAUCGCUGACGCGCCACAAGGUAGCUACGAAUCCUAUAAUUACAAUACUAAGAUGAAAUUGUCUUGAAGUUGGAGUGAGCUUUCCCGGUUAUCGCCUUGAGAAUAGUAAAAAGGUGUCUAAGAAUCCUUGAGUUCUUACUCUGGAUGACUUUACUGGGCGUCACUACUUAUCGCAAUUGGCGCCUGAUCACCGAAAUCCGAUAGAAACAUCAAGAUUGUCUUCGCUCAGAGUAAUUCUUACAUGUCUGCUAAAGUGUGGCUUAAAUGGGCUCUAAAUAAUUCUAUCACGACGGGGUUCAGCGGUUGGAAGUCACCGGAGACACAUUCCAGGAUUUGCACCUCACAAUCGAUACCAAAGCUGGUUCCCCAGAGCCUUCCAAACUCUUGAUAAGUUGGAAUAUUCCUUGAGGCGUUCGUGGCUGAGCUUUCUAAGAUUGAAUCGCAUACUAGGCAGUUACUAGACAUUCCUUCGUAAAGCGCGUCAGAUGGGUAGUAGGAAAUAUUGGGGUUUGCUCCGACACGUCGCAGUACGAGAUUAAGCAUAUUCAACUUGAAGCGGCCUAAUGGAUAGAAGUAGUUUCUAUACAAAAAGUGACGAUUCUCUCGGAAAAGGUUUUUGAGCUCUUUCUUGAUGGUAUGUGAGAUUACAGUGGGAAAAUGAAGCUCAUCAUAUUUACUUAUUGUUUCCUCCUAGCGAACCUCCCAUUCAUUGCGGCAGAAUACGGUCACGGCCACGAAAACGACCAGGCAGAGGCAUCCAGACAAAUCAGGAAAUGGCAAACUCAAUAUGAUCAAUACAUCAGAAGCGCAACUAAGCAACAUAGAACUGGAUGCACAUCUCGAAAUAUAGUUUAUCGUCAAGAGUGGUAACUUCAACUGAAGCUCAGAAUGAAUGAUAUGUACUGAUUAGGUUCGUAGGGGCUCGCUCUCAGAACGCUCACGAAAGGAUUAUAUCAAGGCUGUACAAUGCCUGCAAUCCAAGCCUCCGAGGAGCACGAAAGAAGAUGUGCCGGGUGCACAAAGUCGAUUCGAUGAUUUCGGUGCGACUCAUAUUAAAGUGACACCUUAUGUUCACUUCAGCGUAAGCUAUUGAGCCACUUUUCCGAAUAACUCAGGUCGUAAUUACUAACCAUAUACAGGGUCUCUUUCUCCACUUCCAUCGCUACCUAGUAUGGCUCUACGAGAAAGCCCUCCGUGAAGAAUGUGGCUACAAAGGUUAUCAACCCUACUGGGACUGGACAAUCUCCUGGCAAGAUCCCCAAAAAUCCACUGUCUUCGACGGCUCUUCGACAUCACUGGGUAGUAAUGGAGCUCCUAUUCCUGGCCGCAACAGUACCACUAUUUCAGCGUUCGGUCUCACUCUAGACAUACCUCCCGCUACGGGUGGUGGCUGCAUAUCCGGUCCUUUCUCAAAUUACAACGUUAGUCUCGGUCCCGUCGCUUAUGCCCCCUAUGGCCCCGACCACGGUCUCGGGUAUAAUCCACGAUGUUUAUCACGAGAUAUCUCGCCAAUCUGGUCUAAUAAUACGAAACCUAGCGAUGUCGUGAAGCUCAUCAGGAACAGUCCUGACCUAGGAACAUUCGACACGAAUCUAGAAGCGCUAGAUGGAGUCCAUGCGGGUGGUCACUUCUCCAUGGGUGGAUUAGGUCUAGAUGCGUAUACCAGCGCCGGCGACCCCGUAUUCUGGUUACAUCAUGCGAUGGUGGAUAAAGUUUGGGGAAUGUGGCAGAAUUUGGAUGCGGGAAAGAGGACAAAACAGGUUUAUGGGACGGGUACUGCUUUUAAUGGUGAGUUGCUUUUCUUUGAAAGGGUGAGCUUCGCUAAUGGUAUGUUUAGUUCCUCCUAGUCCGAAUAUUACGCUGGAAACGUUGGUGGAUUUUGAAGUUUUGGCUCCGAAACAGAAGAUUAGUAGCCUGGAGUCGACUAUUGAUGGACCGUUUUGUUAUGCUUAUAUUUAGCCGGUGAUCUUGAUGAUUGCAGUAUACUUAGGCAAAGUUUGGUGUGAGAUGACGGAAACUCGCAAU